UUGAAGGUCGAAAGUCGUCAGCUGUUAACUUUAACUUUCUGCUCAGUGGUCUUUAAAGUAUCUUUAUUUUCGUUCUUAUUCCUUCGUUUCCAGCCUCACGGAAAUGGCUGGAAAUUUGCCGAGGGCCGGCACUCUAGCUGAGAAAAUCCAACGUUUUCGACGCAUCGUCGAUCAGAGUGGCGGCCUGAAAGGCUUCUUUUUGAGGCUGCAGAGGAUUGAUGAUGUGAAAGAGGGUAAACUUGUAGGUGUAGACAAAUUUGGAAACAAGUACUAUGAGAAUCCUUUGUACUUCGUAGGUCGUAACCGUUGGGUUGAGUACUCAGACAGGUAUGGCUAUGAUUAUGACGGUAGCCAGAUUCCAGCUGAAUGGUAUGGUUGGAUGCACUACAAAACGGAUAAACUUCCGAGUGAAGAUCCUACUCGUCCAAAGUAUAAAUGGAUUAAAGAGCAUGAAGAAAAUCCUACGGGGACUGAGAGAGCUUAUGUUCCUUACAGCACGACUCGCCCUAAAAUUGAGGCAUGGAAACCUCCCAAAGCUUAGAUCUUCUAGGAAAAUUGUAAAUGUAAAUAUUUUAAAAUGUAUUUAAACUCAAAUGAGACAUAAAUGUCGUUAAAUGAAUGCCUGAAUUUUCAUUGUUCA